GGACUUUGAAACGAGAACAAUAAGCGCUACUCUGUAACUGAAACACUAGAACAUUCCUCUUCCCCAUAUAUAAACACAAAUCCGCUUAAGUCUCUCUCUAGCUUCUUCAUCCUAGGGUUUACACCACCAGCCGCAUAACGGCAACAGGAAGAAAUGGCGGUUCCUUUGCUGUCGAAGAAGAUUGUGAAGAAGCGCGUUAAGAAGUUCAAGAGGCCUCAAAGUGACCGCAAGAUCUCCGUCAAGACAAACUGGAGAAGGCCUAAGGGCAUUGACUCCCGUGUUAGGAGAAAGUUCAAGGGAUGCACUUUGAUGCCCAACAUUGGUUAUGGCUCAGACAAGAAGACUCGUCACUAUCUUCCCAAUGGGUUUAAGAAAUUUGUUGUGCACAAUGUCGAAGAGCUGGAGCUUCUCAUGAUGCACAACAGGACAUACUGUGCUGAGACAGCCCAUGAUAUCUCAACGAAGAAGAGGAAGGAAAUUGUCGAACGAGCAGCUCAGUUGAAUGUUGUUGUUACCAACAAAUUGGCUAGGUUGCGCAGCCAGGAGGACGAGUGAAGGUGGGUUCAUGAAUGUUGAUUUUGCUUUUAGUCUGAUGUUUAGUAGGACAUUGUCUUGUUUUGUUAUUCUUGAAUACAAACCACUUUUAUAAUUUAAAGUAUGGUGGAUGUUUUGAGGGAUUUAUUC